AUGGACGUGGACAUGAAGAUAAAAGACGACGUCGACGAUAAGCGGGACCGCGAGAGGGAGCGUGAGAGGGAUGCUGACCGCGAUAGGGACAGGGAGCGCGAGAGAGAAAGGGACAGGGACAAGGAGAAAGACAGGAAUCGCGACAAGCGCGAUCCCGAACGCGACAGGGAGCGUGAUCCUAGGCCGUCUGCCCGCAGCAGGAGAAGCGACCACUGGGAGCCUGAGGAGCGGCGUAAUGGAGACCGUCGGAGAAGGUCACGCAGCCGCACGCCGUCUCGUUCACGUAGACGCUCUGCUUCGCCACGGCGGCGCUCGCGUCGAUCGCAUUCUCGGUCGCGCUCACGUUCGCGCUCGCCCCGCUCACGUAGCCGUGAGCGGCGGAAUGCUGAUUCCUUCAGCCGUUCGCUCGGCGGCCCGAUGAAUGCGCCCCACGAGGAAGCCGUCGAGUUCGCCAAAGUCAGCAAGCGCGAGAACCGGGUCUACGUCGGCAACCUCAGCUACGACGUCAAGUACAGGGACCUGAUGGAAUUCAUGCGGGGAGCUGGAGAGGUCCUCUUCGCCGAAGUCCUAAUCACGCCCACUGGAAUCUCCAAGGGAUGCGGUAUCGUCGAAUUUGCAUCGCAAGAGGAUUGUCAGCGAGCCAUCCGCGAGCUGUCAGAGCAGCUCCUGCUUGGGCGUCCGGUCUUCAUCCGCGAAGACCGAGAGCACGAGUCGCGGUUCGGUGCGACACCCGUUCCAGGUAAGAUUGGCAUGGCCAUGGCUGGCCAAGGCUUGAACGCCGCACCUCCGCCCCGCCCUGCCUCACACAACUACUUCGGAGGUCAAGGCGCCAACCCGGGCAACCAGCUCUACGUUGGCAACCUCCCUUACCAAGCUGGAUGGCAAGACUUGAAGGACCUGUUCCGCUCUGCCGGAAACAUCAUCCGCGCAGACAUCAAUAUCGGUGCCGACGGUCGCCCCAAAGGGUCCGGCACUGUGAUAUUCGAGACCUCAAAAGAUGCCCAGCAGGCCAUCAGCAUGUACAAUGGCUUCGAUUGGUACGGGCGCACAUUGGAAGUGCGAGAGGACCGUUAUGCGGGUCUGUCCGGACCAGGGUCUUACCGUGGCGGGCUCCGUGGCGGCAGCGGUCCUCGUGGCGGGCCCCGGGGCGGACUCCGGGGUAGCGGUGGGCUCCGGGGUGCCUACCGCGGGGGCGCCUACGGAGGAGGUGCGGGUGGCCGAGAGUUCAAUGAGGGCCUCUAUGCGCCCUACUCCGGCCCCGACCAGGCUGGCGGUGCGGUGAACGGCUUCGAUGCUGGCUAUGGCGGAGGCUACCCUGGAUAUGAAGCUGAGCCGAGCCAGCAGAUCAUGGUCCGGAAUCUCCCGUGGUCAACGGCGAACGAGGACUUGGUGGAGCUGUUCGAGACGACGGGCCAGGUGGAGCUGGCCGAAAUCUUGUUUGAAGGCACCCGCUCGAAGGGCUGUGGUGUCGUGCAGUUCGGCCAGGUGCCGGAGGCUGAAACUGCCAUCGCAAAAUUCCAGAAUUAUAUGUAUGGCGGUCGUCCUUUGGACGUGCGUUUCAACGACCGUUGGCACACCUUCACCCCCAGCGCCGCCAAGGGCGGUCAAGCUGUCGUCCCCAUGCAAGCAGAGGCUGUCUAA